UGGAUAUUUUGUUGCUUUCUUUUACUAUUGCCUCAUCUGUCUUUGUUUGGUUCCCGAGAAAAUGCAAAUGGAAAUUGGGUCUUUGAAUUUCAAAAUUCUUUAGCUUCAAAUCUAUAUUACAAGUUUGAACUAUCUAGAACUCAAUCACGAUCGCAUAGCUUGAUACAUUCUCGUUUCUUUAUUGCUUCAUUUCUCAGAUUCAAUCUAGAGAUUUUUCAAAAUAUUUUCUCGAUCGACUGCUUAAAGUUAAACCUUUAUCGAACUCAGGAGAUGCAGGGAAGUCAGCUCAUUGAAAGAGAAUUCUGGGUCGGUUUCGGUUCCUUUCUUUAGCAAUGGCGGAUUUUGCAGGCAAUUAUCUUCGGGAGCUUCCAGUGCUGAUAUCGUCGCUGAUUAUGUGGAGAAAGAUGACCUUAAGAGUAGAAUCUUUAGGCUCAGGCAACCCAAGCGAAGCGUUGCUAACGUUCUUCAAAAGUGGAUUAACGAAGGCAACCAAAUUAAUAUCUCAGAACUUCGCCAGAUAUCUAAGGAUCUCAGGAAGUUUCAGCGUUACAAGCAUGCCCUCGAGCUUGCAGAUAUCAGAAUGGAUGGUUACUCAUGAUGAGUUUGAAGUAUCAGUUUCUGACUAUGCUAUCCGCAUCAACUUAAUGACAAAAGUCUUUGGUAUUGAUGCAGCUGAGCGCUACUUUGAAGGUCUUCCUCUCACCGCGAAAACUAGUGAAACAUACACUGCUCUCCUCCACUCUUAUGCUGGAGCAAAGUUGACUGAGAAGGCUGAGAAUCUUUAUGAGAGAAUGAAGGAUUCAGACCUGUCCCUUACUGCCCUUACAUACAAUGAGAUGAUGACUAUGUACAUUUCAGUUGGACUUGUGGAAAAGGUCUCUUUAGUCGUUGAAGAACUGAAACGACAGAAGGUCACACCCGAUAUCUUCACUUACAAUCUAUGGAUAAGUUCGUCUGCUGCAACUAUGAACGUUGAUGAAGUAAGACGGAUUUUAGAUGAAAUGAGCUCUGAUCCAGGUUGUGACGAAAGUUGGCAGAGAUACAUAAAUCUUGCUAAUAUAUAUAUUACUACAGGUCAUUUUACACAUGGGGAGUCGAAUUCAUUGGUUUCAGCUGAGAAAGGUAUUACACAAAGAGAGUGGAUAACAUAUGACUUUCUUAUAAUUUUACAUGCUGGUUUAGGGAACAGAGACAGAAUUGAUCAAAUAUGGAAAUCUUUGAGAAUGACCAAUCAAAAGAUGACAAGAAGAAACUAUAUUUGCAUCCUUUCUUCAUAUUUGAUGCUAGGUAAUUUGAAGGAAGUAGGCGAAGUUAUUGACCAAUGGAGGCAAUCCACUUCAACAGCUUUUGAUGUUGCUGCUUGUGGUAGACUUUUGAAUGCAUUUACAGAUAUUGGGUUGACAGAAAAAGCCAAAGACUUUCAGUUGCUUCUCAUUGAGAAAAAGUCUGAUCCUGCAGAUAUCCAAAGUAGCACAACAAAUUAGUUUAGUCUAAUAUUAUAGAAUUACACCAUGUGAGAUUUUUGGUGCUUGAACAGAAAGAAGAGCAAGGAGAGGAUCAGUGGCCAAAAAGUCACAUAGCAUUGAAUCAAAAUGAGUAAUAAUCAAUUUCUUUAUCAGUUAUGUGUAUCAUUUUUUUCGGAAUAAAUAGCAUUUGUACCCCCGAUAAAUAUGAUUAUCAGUCAUGUCUUCAAAUGAUUCAUAAUACUAAAAAUUACUCCUGAACUAUAGAUGUUGCACACAAGUUUUUAUUUUUA